AUGCAGACAAGACAUGGCCACAAGCAAAACGAAUACUAUGCUCUUGGAUCUUACCAAGACAGCAAAGCGGGUGAUAAGAGCUACAAAAUCUUGUGCUAUUGGGGUUAUAUGAUCGACAAAGGGUUUGAAAUCUAUGAAUUUAACUCUAAUUCAUGGAGAGUUCUUGAUGCCACUCCUGAUUGCAACUUAGAAUGUAUUGAUAACGGCAAGUUCUUGAAGGGAAAGGAGAGAUUUGGACGUCUGCCUCUUCCCUCUCAGUGUACUGAAGCUGAUUAUCUAGUUGUGGCUUUAUCGGUUUUUAGGCAAGAGAAAGUUUCCGUGUUAGUACAUCCCAUAAAUACAUCAUCAAGGACAGAGAUAUGGGUGACAAAUGAUAUCGAUGAGACGGAAAAGGUGUCGUGGAGCAUGCUCGUAGCAGUGGAUUUGAAUCUAGUUACUGAUUGUUUUCGUUGCGUAAGCGUCAGCUUCUUGGUCGGUGAGGACAAGAAAGUCCUCGUGUGUAUUGAUAAUGGAACCGACGGCAAUAACAUGGUUUUCAUUGUUGGACUGGACAAUCAAGUGAGACAAGUGAAUUUAGGACUCGCUUCAAAUUGGCCAUUUUUGUUUAGUUACGUUCCAAGUUUAACUCAAAUCCACCCUGAAUGA